AAGUGUUCCAAAGUGGUUUAAUUAGUUCAGAAAACCUAUUUGCUAAUCGCUUGUCGCUCACUGGUUGUGCGUUGUGUAAUUAUUCUUCGGCUUAAGGCGUUUUCCGUUGCAGGUUCGUUCGCGGGUAGCCAAGAGAAAAUGUCUCUCGAUUGCAACAUAUAACUUGUGUAGCAACAUCUGCUUGGUUGGACGGAGGAAGGAAGGAAUUUGCUACGCUGGAAUUUUCUGAAGAAACUUCUGCAGCCUUCAGAAUGGAUGACAAUUUGUGGUUGAUUGAACUGGAGUCAGCUUUGCUCGAUGAUUGCACGGUGGAUGAUGUCUAUGCGAUAUGUCAGGGCAAGGCCAUACCGGAUGCGCUGCGUCCGGAUGUGUGGCAGGUGUGUUUGGAUGUGAGAAGCAAAAUGGAUCAGCUCAUGCAGUUCAACGAGAUAUUCGAUUUGCCGUUUCAAACCAAGCUUAGACAGGAUUGUCACAGCUUUGUGGAGAAGCUGGGCAAUGAGGAGGAGGAUCGGGUGGUGGUGGUUGCGGAUUUGGAAUCGAUUCUGACGUUCUACUGCAAAAAUAGAAGUCUAGUUUACGAAUCGAACAACGGGUGGAUUGAGUUGCUGUUGCCGUUGUUGUCACUGAAGCUUUUGCGGUCCGAUACUUACAAUCUGUUCGAAGCACUUCGGGAUACGUACAUUCCGAAGGGAUGUGUCAAGAAUGGAAAUGUUUUUCAUAUAUUUAGAUUGUUACUGCAGUAUCACGAUCCGGAGUUGUGUUCCAUACUGGACACAAAGCGGGUAACACCGGAUACCUAUGCGAUGAGUUGGUUUCAGACGCUAUUUGCAUCGACCUGUACCCUUCAGGUGGUUCUGGCGAUGUGGGAUUUGUACUUCCAACAGUCGGAUCCGUUUCUAGCAUUCUUUCUUAGCUUAAUCGUACUGAUCAAUGGCCGGGAUCAGGUUCUCGCAAUGAAGAGUGCCUCCAAAGAAGAACUUCUCAGUUUUCUAGUCAAUAUGCCGUGUAACAUCGAAGCGGAUGAUGUGAUGGAUUUUUGCUCGCUGGCCCAGUACUACUCGAUGAAAACGCCAUCCUCGUUCAAGCGAGACCUUUUGAAAGUCCUAUUCGGAGCCCAGAGUAACGCCGUGGAAGAAAAUGUCGUCUCACAGGCAUUGUGCUUACCCGUUUCGGUCAAUGAACUCGUAGAAAAUGCUUCCAGUGAAAGCAGUCAUCCGGAUGCGGUGAGAUUCUUUCUGGUUGAUUGCCGUCCGGCCGAGCAGUACAACUCCGGACACCUCUCGACGGCAUUCCAUUUGGAUAGCAAUCUGAUGCUUCAGGAACCGGUAGCAUUCCAAACUGCCGUUCAGGGUCUCCUGAGAUCGCAGAAGAAUGCAAUCGAGGCUAAUUCUAAUGCAGGCGGAGAGCACCUGUGCUUUCUUGGUUCCGGACGGCUUGAAGAGGACCAGUAUACCCACAUGGUCGUUGCCUCAUUUCUUCAAAAGAACACCAAAUAUGUCUCACUACUCACGGGUGGCUACGAGGCGAUUCAUGAAUAUUUUGGAGACAACAUGAUUGACUGCUUGGAAGAUCACGAUCCCUUGAAAUGUCUCGUUUGCAACAAGAACCAGGCCCCAUACGGCAAAAGCGUAAAUAACAACAACAUCACCAACACAGGCAGCUUGAAAAGACCGGAGAAUCGUCGUAACAACAAUGUCCCCGAGGGCCCAGAGCGUAAACCCACGGCCGAUCUGUUUAGCAAGCUUUCCUCAGUAAUGAAAUCAAAAUCAGCUGAAGUGAAGGGAAAGCUAAUCGAUUACAUCUCCAACCCGAACCCGACUGUUCCUGUUCCGGAGAAGCACGUGUCCCGGAAUGAGCGCAAUGGCAAACGCUAUCGCAAUGUACCACCCGUCUUCAGUAUUGGCGAAGACCAGGACGACGAAGAUCUUCCUUCAUCCAACGACCUUCCAAGCCCGCAAGCCACACCUAAUCCCGAAUCAUCCGACGAAAUUGUCUCGAUUCAGUCCUAUCUAAAGCAGCCGGAUGUAAUCCGUCACUUCAAGUGCCAAGAAGUUCACCUCAAUGGGUACAUGUAUGAUAGCUACCUACUCGUCACGGCCUCCCAUAUCAUCGUCCUGCGGGAACUGGAUCGUAAGGACAAAGCUCGCAUCAUCGUCCGGCGCCCGCUGCAGUCGAUCGUAAAAAUCACAGCCAAGAAGCGACACCGGGAUUUGAUCACCUUCAAGUACGGCUAUCCCGAAGAGGAAAGCCUCGUCAUCACCGAUAUGGAUCGAUUCCUGAUCCCGAAUGCCAGUGAAGCGACCGAGCUCAUUUCGAAGCACAUCAUCAAGCAGACGUAAAGCUGAUUCUAACCCGAUUUAAUACCCGUCCUGUUGACUGUUGCUGCUUCGAGUAGGAAUUUGGCGCAAAAUCGAUACAAAAAUGAAACGUUUAACUGAGAAACAGAUUUUAGCUGGAAACAAAAAGUUUUAGGGCCAUCAUUUUAUGAAACAACUAUGCUAGACUAUUUUAAAACCGGUACCUCACCCCUCCUCUUCAUUUGAAGCCAUUUUAUUGAUGUCAGAGUCAAACCGUAUUGUCCUUAUAUUUAUUAUUUUUCUAAAAUGUUGUCGAUUUUUUGAAAGUUAUUUAUGAUUAUACAAACCUCACGAAAUGUAGUGAUUACUUUCAAGUGUAGAUGCAUACAAAUUUAAUAUAUUUAAAAGUUAUAAAGUAGCUGACAAAAUUUAGGCAUGGUUUUUAGUUUGAUUCGUCGUAGUAGCGCGGCUAAAUGCUUUGUAAUAAUCGUGUAUAAAAGUAGUGAGACUUAA